CCAAGGUGGCUCCGCUGCAGGCAAUCUCAUUUCCAUCUCAUUCAGUGUCUUACCACCGCGUACAACUCGCCCUUGAGCCCUAGAUAUGGCUCUUCCCAAGCGGAUCAUCAAGGAAACUGAGCGCCUCGUCGCAGACCCCGCGCCUGGAAUCACUGCUGCGCCGCAUGAGGACAACCUGCGUUACUUUGAUGUAACGAUUCAAGGGCCUGAUGGCAGUCCUUUCCAACAGGGCGUGUUUCACCUUGAACUAUUCCUACCGGAGGAAUAUCCCAUGAGUCCCCCAAAGGUGCGAUUUCUCACAAAGAUAUACCACCCAAACAUCGACAAACUGGGUAGAAUCUGUUUAGAUAUUCUGAAAGACAAAUGGUCCCCCGCAUUGCAAAUCCGGACAGUCUUGUUAUCUAUACAAGCUUUACUGAGUGCGCCCAAUCCUGACGACCCACUGGCUACCGAUGUCGCCAAGCACUACAAGGAGGAUGAGAAGGACGCACAAAGAGUCAGCAGGGAAUGGACUGAGAAGUAUGCGUCCAAUUGAUAAUUUGGCUUCCGAUGGAGUAUUUGGAAAUUAUGACGGUCUGAAGGCACGAGUGUUCGAGGACUUCAAGCUUACGCUUCUUAUUCUGAUUCGGCGUGGAUGUGGGGGUUCGCCUGGGUUCGCCCACUAGAUCAAAUUAGACGUGGCGUCCAGGAAAGGGGAGUUGCCGUGAUCACUCAUGUUGAUUCAUUUUUGCGUAAGUCACUCGUAAGGGCAGCACCAUUUGUAUUUGGUCCGAUGAAAAAGGUUUGGGCCGAAAUUGGUUGAUCUAGACCUGGAAGUCUCGGUUAGGUCUAGAGCCUGCGAAUUCGGCACGAUAGAUCUGACAGUCCUUUGGGCGUUUCUCAGACUAACUUGCGCC